GCAGACACUCCUUCCAAGCGUCGAGGUGCGCUCAAGUCGCUCGGGAUGUGUUUGGUUUACGGCCGGGCCCCCGGCGUGCUGCUCCUCCUGGCUCACCUCCUCCUGAGCUCCAGCUGCACUCCAGAGCCCACGGCUGAAUGGGAGAGGGAACCUGCGUACUGGAACGAUCAGGCCCGGCGGACGCUGCAGGCUGCCCUCACGCUGCCACUAAGAGCACAUCGCGCCAAAAACAUCAUCCUCUUCCUCGGGGACGGGAUGGGAGUGUCUACAGUUUCAGCCGCCCGUAUCCUGCGAGGUCAGAUGGAAGGACAGUCUGGGGAGGAGACCAUUUUGGCCAUGGACACUUUUCCGUACGUCGCCCUGUCAAAGACGUACAGUGUUGACAGACAGGUGGCGGACAGCGCUAGCACGGCUACCGCGUACCAUUGCGGUGUGAAGGCUAAUGCCAAGACGGUGGGUUUGAGCGCUAAAGCAGUGGCCUAUGAGUGCAACACAACAUUUGGCAAUGAGGUUUUCUCAGUGUUACACCGCGCCAAAGCACAAGGAAAGUCUGUUGGUAUCGUGACCACCACCAGAGUCCAGCACGCAUCACCCGCUGCCGCGUACGCCCACUCCGUGAGCCGCAGCUGGUACAGCGAUGCAGACGUGCCCUCCGCGGCCCGCAGACAGGGUUGCACCGAUAUCGCCACGCAGCUGGUGACCAACACUGACAUCGAUGUAAUUCUUGGUGGUGGCCGCAUGUACAUGACACCCAAGGGAACCCCUGAUCCAGAAUACCCCUCUUCAUCCUCUCGCAAAGGGGAUCGCAAAGACAAAAAGAACCUCAUUGACGUCUGGCUGAAUGCUCGUAAGGGAAGGAACGCUCAGUAUGUCUGGAACAAAGAGCAGCUUAACGCAGUGAAUGCUAAAACAACAGACUGCCUGAUGGGUCUGUUUGAACCCAAAGACAUGAGGUUUGAAGUGUUUAGGAAUCGGACCCGUGAUCCCUCUAUUGUGGACAUGACAGAGAAAGCCAUUCAGAUCCUCAGCAAGAAUCCCAAAGGGUUUUUUCUCUUCGUGGAAGGAGGUAGAAUAGACCAUGGACACCAUGAUGGGGCUGCCAAGCUUGCUCUGACUGAAACCAUCAUGUUUGACCGGGCAAUCCAGAGAGCGUCCGAGCUGACCAGUGAAUCGGACACGCUCACUGUUGUCACUGCUGAUCAUUCCCAUGUCUUCACUUUUGGUGGAAAUACUCCACGAGGGAACCCCAUUUUUGGUCUGGCACCUAAGAAGGCUGAGGAUAGUCUUCCAUACACUAGUAUCUUGUAUGCUAAUGGACCAGGAUAUGCUCAUGUAAACGGAUCAAGGGGAAACGUUUCAACAGUGGAUUAUUUUGAUGAAGAGUACAUGCAACAAGCUGCCGUUCCUUUAGAAUCAGAGACACAUGGAGGGGAAGAUGUGGCUAUCUAUGCAAAAGGCCCGAUGGCUCAUCUCUUUCACGGAGUCAAAGAACAGAAUUAUGUGGCCCAUGCGAUGGCUUAUGCAGCGUGUCUGGAGCCAUAUACUAACUGCCCACAGCAUCUUCAUGGCUCAGGAGGCUGUAAAAUCACUCUUUCAGGGACUCUUAUCUCACUAGCCGGCUUGUUUUGGCUUGUCUUCAGAUGACAGACUCCACUGCAUGAGUGAUUGAGGCCCCAGGACUUUUUUUUAUAACCCAAAUAGUUUAUAUUAAAGUUUGGUGCUCUGCAGAAUUGCAAUGCUGUGUAUAUAAAUGUAAAGUUUUUUCAUAAAAGUAUUUUAUAACC